AUGACUCUAUUGGUAGCAUGUACCAGUGGUCAAUUUGUAUGGAAGACGACCCCUUGGCAAGACUGCCAAUUCAUUGAUACUUGGCAAUAUAGUCGUCAUCCGAUUUCACCUUGUUGCCGCUUAAAUUGUGGUCAACCACGCCAGGUAACAUGUCGACGUCAACGAGAUCAACAGCUUGUACCCAAUUAUUAUUGUCGUCAUUUAUCAAGACCACCCAAUCUUCAACCGUGUUCAUCAUGUUCUCAAUCCAAUGCUUGCAUACUCAGUCUAUGGUCCAGUUGGAGUCCUUGCUCAACAACUUGUGGUCAAGGGAUACAAUCUCGUCAUCGUCAAGUUUUAGCUGUUCCCAAUCAGCAACAAAUCUACCAUUGCCCAACGACGUAUCAACAACAAGCAUGUUAUAACUCAAUGCCGUGCAAUCAAUCCAUCCAACUUGUAUCAUCCACUGUGUGGAAAUCGCAUCUUGGUCAAUGUGAAGAUUACAUAGUAGAUGACGCCGACAUUCAAGUACGAAAAGGCAACUUAGUUUGUAUCGAUCGCAAUGGCAAUUAUAUUGCCGACCAUUACUGUCCAAGGAACCUCAAUAUUCGUACCACUUUUGAUGAACUAUGCUAUCCAAAAGUCGAUUGUUUAGUAUCGGAUUGGAAGAAUUGGAGUCCAGCAUGUCAAGGGUGUGCUAAUACUUCAUCACCUUCAAGCUUUAUACAAAAAAGAUAUCGUCGAAUUUUACGCUAUCCUAUCAAUGGUGGUCAAGCUUGCCCCCUUUUAUCUCAAGAGCAACUUUGCAUAUUACCCAUUUGUAGUAGUAAGAGUACCAACAACUAUCGUCAGAUUAUCACCGAUUGGGGAGCAUGUAGCAUCGAUCCAUCGGUACAGAAUAAAAAUUCUACUUGCCAAAAUGGCAUACAACGAAGAUCUAUAAUUUGCGUCAAUAGUGAUAGCAACACCAUUGUCGAAAAUCAAUUUUGCCAAAAGAAUAAGACAGAGAUUGAUCGUGUUAGCCUUGCUCGUGGCUGUUCUAUUCAUUGUAGCCAAGAUUGUUUAACAGGCCAAUGGUCAGAUUGGUCAAAAUGUUCCAAUAGCUGUGGUAUUGGUAUUACUUCACGCCAUCGUAAAAUUAUUAUCCCACCUAUGAAUGCAGGCAAAGAUUGUGGCAUUCUCAACCAAUCUCAACGAUGUAGUCAAAAUAAUUGUUCUCAUUGGCGCACAGAUGCAUGGAGUAGAUGCUUACCUGAUCAAUUGAAUUCACAAUGUGGUCGAGGCACUUCCUUAAGGAGUGUUUAUUGCGUAUCGCAUGAUGGUAGCACUUUAAGCGAUCAAAAUUGUAGUCAUUUGCCUCGACCAUCACGAGAUAGAUCUUGUUUAAUACCUUGCCUUGAUGAUUGCAUACUUUCUGAGUGGACAAGUUGGUCAGAUUGUCAUGGUAAUUGCUCUAAGGUGAGUAAACGUCAGCGUUACUUAUUAGGCACUGGAAGGAAUUGCGAAUCUGUCAAUCAUUUAGAAGAAACACGUUCUUGUACUGAUUGCUUAAAAGAUAUUUGUACUGUUAGCCAAUGGAAUGCAUGUAUACCAAAACCAAAUAGUACUUGUGGAAUUGGUACAGGUCAACAGAUGCGCUUGGUCAAUUGUUCAUCACUGUUAGGUAAUCAUUCUAUCCCAGCAAAUAAUCGCGAUUGCGAUAUUCCUUGUCCUAUUGAUUGCAAAUUAUCAAGUCAAUGGACAACAUGGUCGAUCUGUUCUCAAUCUUGUGGUGAAGGUUAUUCAACACGUUCCAAAUUUAUUAUGCAGUAUCCACUCCAUGGUGGCAAGCCAUGCCCUAAUAAUGGAACGAUAGAUGGAAUUGUACUUCAAAAACGUUUAUGCGAUUUACCACCGUGUCAGAAUAGAACACAAUAUCAAUGGGUUACUCACCCUUGGUCAUCGUGUAAAUUACUUCAAGAAAAUUCAACAAUGGCUUGUGGUGGUGGAAUUCAAUCAAGGCAAGUGGAUUGUGUAUAUAAUGGAUAUACCAUGGACGAUCAUGAAGUCUGUAUCAAUAAUAGUUUACUGAAUGCACCUGAUCAUGUUCGUUCAUGCUCAAUACCAUGCAGUAAUGACUGCUCUUUAAGUGAAUGGUCUGCUUGGUCAAAGUGUUCUAGUAACUGUAAUCAUAAUGCUGAUCGUAAGUAUCGAGUUCGUCAUUUUUAUAACUACAAUAUGUCAACUGGCCUCCAAGUUUGUAAACAUACUGUUGAAGCAGAUCUGAAGCAAGUUACUAACUGCAUCAAUGAUCAAUGUUUCACGUAUAAAUGGCUCAUUGGACAGUGGCAUAGCUGUGUAUUAACACUGGACAAUGCUAACUGUGGCAAAGGUAUACAAAAGCGUAGCUUGUUAUGUGAACGAAGUGAUAAUACAAUUGUUGACAAUGAUGUAUGUAUCAAAUAUGUGGAUAGUAUACCAGCUACUUUGAAAACAUGUACAAUUGACUGUGGACUCCAUUGCCAAAUGACACAAUGGUCACAUUGGAGUGAUUGUGAUCAAGAAUGCGGCUAUGGUAUCAAAAGAAGGAAACGUCAAAUUAUCCAUUACGCAUCGGGUAACGUGAAACGAUGCGGUAAUCUACAAGAGACAGAAGUAUGCCAGCAAAGGUCUUGUCAUGGUAUCUCAUGGUUUACCGGCGCUUGGAGUCAAUGUAUUCUAAAUAAUGGAAGCUCUUGCGGUCAUGGCGGACGAACACGCAAAGUAUAUUGUAUCGAUUCUAACCAAUCGCCUAUACCAAAGCGUCUAUGUGAAGCUUUAAUUAUGCAACCUGUUAACGUUGAACCAUGUCAAAUUAGCUGUUCCAAUCAAUGUGGCUAUAGUAUGUGGUCUGAAUGGUCAUCAUGCAGUCAAACUUGUAGUCGUGGUAGUCGUCGUAGAACGCGAUACUUAUUGCGCGAUAUAUCUGGUUUAGAUUGUACUGAUACCGUCCAAGCUGAAGCAUGUAUCGUUAAUUCUUGCCAUAAGUACUAUUGGACAGUGUCACCGUGGACACGUUGUGUACCAUCUUCUCCAAUAUGCGGUCAAGGAGUACAAUUUCGUGCUAUUAACUGCCAACGAAGUGACGGUGUCGUUGUUGGUUCAUCACUUUGCUCAAAUAAUAAUUUACCGACAAUGCGUGAUUGUAACGUUCCGUGUAAUACUGAUUGUAUUUUAUCAGAAUGGUCAUCAUGGUCAUCUUGUUCUGCUAGCUGUGGAUUGAAUGGAACAAUUACGCGGCAGCGCUAUAUAUUAUAUAAUGCCACUGGAAAUGGUAGACCUUGUCCACAACACCAACAUUUGCUUCAAUCACUUCCUUGUAAUGUAAAACCAUGUUUCAAUUAUCGUAUUACAAGAGGUCAUUGGUCUCGUUGUACCACUGUUGGUAGUGAAUGCGGCCAUGGUAAACGAUAUCGUACUAUUCGUUGUAUUCGAAAUGAUGGUUUAGAAGUUGAUACUUCAAAAUGUAUUGCUACCUUAAUCAAGGCUAAUGAAAAUAAGAUUGGAUUUAACGUAAAAGAGUCGACACUAGAUAUAGGCACUAAGGAAGACUGUUAUAUCUCUUGUAAAGGCGAUUGCGUCUUAACAACUUGGAGUAAUUAUAGCCCAUGUCAUUAUGAUUGCAACCAGAAAAAUGGUAAUGGUUAUCGUGUAAGAGCUCGUCAAAUUAUACAUCAAGCUAAUGCUGGUGGUUUACCUUGCCCUAAUAAUUUGGUUGAAGUUACAAGAUGUUUACCAUCUGAGGCUACAUGUGCUCAAUUUAUCUGGCGUACUGGUAAGUGGUCGAUACAAUCCGGCAACAGGGAAAUUUGGUGUGUUGAUAGUAGCACCGGAAAGAAUGUGACUGGCUGCAAUAAAUUAACUAUGCCACCCGAUAAUAUUCAAUGUCAGCCGGAAUGCUCUAACGCAAACCAGGAAUGUCGGGAUGGACGUUGUGUUUGUAUUGUUGGAUUUCAGCGCAUUAAUAACGGUUGUAUGCCAAUAUCCGGUUGCACUGAAGACAAGCAUUGUGCUUAUAAUAACAGUUUUUGCGGAACGAAUCGACAAUGUUUAUGUAGAGAUGGAUUUUAUAGAAUGACAUUUCCGUCCAACGAUAAUCUUUGUCUACCAGUGCCAAAGAAUGAAACGCUCAUAAGGCGUAAACAAGAUCGAAUGAUUCGAGAUGGUAUUAUUGGUGGAGCAUUGGCUGUUUGCCUGCUUGGUGGUUAUCUAUUCUUUAUUAGAUGGCUGAGGAAAGGCUAUUCUAUGAAUCAACCCGUAAGAGGUAGAAAAACCAGUUUAUGGAAUAACGAUGUAUAUACAGUAAGAAGACAACUAGCAAAUGAAGAAGAUGAUGAUGUUUUUUUCGAAGAUUAA